AUGACACGCCACCUGAACCGACGCAAGCCGGAACAAAUUUGCCACCAACAGGAGAUACAGCGGAGUCACUAUUUGUCACCCCUUCCCCAUCAACUACUGUUAACCAUGAAGAUUCCUCGGUCGACUCUAUUCCACCAUCGAGCUCUGAUAAUGGGAUACGACCGCACCGCAGCCGCCAUCCCCCGAAGAAAUAUGCCGAGUUGGAUGACUUCUUUUUUUCCAUGCUUUUGUACGACGUCGAAAGCAGCUUAUUUCCCCGAGAUUAGCCUCGAUCGGAGUGUCUGCCUACCAGUCGUGAGCGCUGCUCCGCCAAAGGACUAG